GAGGCGUUAGGGUGGCGUCCCGAGGCCCCGACCAAUCGCCCGUAGCCAAACGGGCUAGGACAGCGUCAUCCGAAACCUCUUCACGAGACGGAACUUUCCCUCAGCCCAAAUCCCCGAUGCUGAACCAGAACGGUGCCGCACAGGCCCCAAACGGCCAUGAAGCUCAACCGGGACCGUCGUCGAACGGUAAUCUCAACGGAAAUGCGCUCGCACCGUUUGGGGAGCAACCUUUCGAGCUGGACAUCAUCAAAAUCAUCGGACAACAUUUGCGUCAUCUGGGCCUACAUCGCGCCUACGCAACUCUAUCAGAGGAAUCGGGAAUUUCGCUGGAUCAUCCCUUGGCUGCGAAGCUCCAAAACCAUGUUAUGCGUGGACAGAUCGAUGAAGCCAUUGAGGAUAUCAUUGAGCUGGAGCCCUUCUUGAUAGACUCAACUGCCAAUAGAAAAAUGCGCUUUCUUCUACUAGAAAACAAAUUUCUCGAGCUACUUGCCCAGAGUAGGAUAAUGGAAGCCCUCACUUGCCUGAGGGAGCAACUGAGCCCUCUGAAGCACAACGAGAAACGCGUGCAUCAAUUAUCCAGCUGUCUGAUGAUGCACGGAGACAGUCCUGAGCUAGAAUUAUAUCGUACAAAUUUGACGGAGGCUCGCAACAAUCUCAUGGCGAAACUGCAAAAGUUUCUCCCCGCGAGCAUUAUGCUACCACCUCGACGUCUGAGGUCCUUACUCGCAAAGGCUCAGGCGUAUCAGGUCGACCGCUGCGACUUCCACAACUCCCCCAUCACUCCCGCGGACGAACUUCUGACUAAUAUAUCGUUGUUGAAUGACCACGUUUGCGAUAGGAGCAACUUCCCGUGUCAUACCACACAGAUUCUCAAUGAGCACUGUGACGAGAUCUGGGUUUGCAGGUUCAGUCAUGACGGUCUGAAACUCGCUACCGGAUCAAAGGAUUCUACUGUAAUUAUUUGGGAUGUUGAUCCGGCCACCCAGCAACUGAGUCACCGAAAAACUUUCGAAGGCCACACAUUAGGAGUCAGUUGUCUGGCUUGGAGCCCCGACGACACCCUUCUUCUAGUCUGUGGUUACGAGGAUUCGUCGGACUUGUGGAUUUGGAAUGUUAUCACUGGAGAUCUCAGACACCAAAUGUCCCACUCAGCUGGAGACAGCUUGACGACAUGCGCAUGGCAGAGUAGCGGGACGAAGUUCAUCACUGGUGGAACAAGAGGGCAAUUCUACCAGUGCGAUUUGGAAGGGAACGUCUUAGACACUUGGGAGGGAGUCAGGUUGCAUGGUGUUCAGUGCUUGAGCGACGGCGAGACGGUUCUUGCUGCCGACAACCACUAUCGUAUCAAAAGCUACAAUUUCGAAAAAACAGAAGAAGAGAAUAUAGUCAGCGAGGAUCACUCGAUCAUGUCCUUCACUGUCGAUAGCACUGAUCGUUACGUGCUUCUGAACCUCGCUCAACAAGGCCUUCACCUGUGGGAUAUAAAGGAUAAAACUCUGAUGAUGAAAUACCGCGGGAUCACACAAGGUUACUACACAAUCCACUCAUGCUUCGGUGGCGUCAACGAGAAGUUCGUGGCGUCCGGCAGUGAAGAUAACAAAGUCUACAUCUUCAACCGCAAAAAAGAAACGCCCAUCGCCGUUUUGGAAGGACAUUCUAGAACUGUGAACUGCGUUGCGUGGAACCCACGUUUUCCGAGCAUGCUCGCAUCGGUUUCAGACGACGCAACCGUGCGUAUAUGGGGACCCCCGCCGCCGACCGAUGAAACGGCUGAAGCUUGCGGUAAGUCUGAAACAGACCCCCAGAGUUCCAAGGAGCUCCACAGUGAUCCUUACGACGGGGCGACUGAUCUUGAGAAGGAUGAUGACGAUAAGGACGAGGAAUUUGAUGAUCUCGAAGACGAGUUGCGAGAUAUCCACGGCGACAAUCCGUUACACUGGUUCGAGCACGAGCGAAGCCAGCCACCGAGCCCGAGCUCAAGCGUAGACACAGAAUGAUCAGGGUUCGUUCCGAUGGUCGGAACCCUUCGGGGCGAUUUUGAAUGAGAAAGGAACUUAGAUUCGUGGUCAUCGGGAGUCGAAGGUC